AUGGACACCUACGAACGAAAUGUUAUGCAGACGCUAAACGUGGUACCUCAAGGUGGUAGCACUGAUAUGAUGAAGAAAGUGGAGAGAGCGUUGAGGCUCAUCAAGACGGUGGAGGAAGCUGAGCGAUGGAUGAUACUUAAUAAGCAGAACAUCCGCUUAUUCAAAAAGAUGUUGAUGUUAAAGAAAGAAAAUCCUCUGCGUCUUGAAGCUAAUAUUGGACUUUGUAAAUCAUACCAGCGGCAACUUCACCGACUGCGAUUAGAUUUAGUUAAGCAAGGUGGUGGUGUCACCAAAAAACAAAAUCGACAUCUAAUCUGGGAGACAAUUGAAACCCACCACCAGGGCAGGGUGAAGACUGGUAUGAUUACCAAUUUGGAUUAUAAAGAUCCAAAUAUAUUUUUCAACCGGGCAUUUCCAAUGUUUAGAAGACACGUUCGGCGUGAGCUAGUGAAUCAUCCCCUCAAGGUGUAUAUUAUGUUCACGGGCAAUUUCAUUAAGCCCACCACCAAAGAGGAGGAUUUGAAAACUUUUAUAACGUCGGCCAAGGAAAUGUAUCUGACAACGGACAUGCAGGAGUGGUACACUGAUCAUGUCAAAAACUAUUUGUUGAAAAAAUUGGAAGAAUUCCAGGAACGCGAUAGCGGUUGGGCUCUUGACAUGAUCAUAAAUAUUCGAGUCCACAUGAAUAAGUACUCUCCGAUCACAGCUGGAACAUUUUGUGAACUACCACCAGUCAUCAAAAAUAAAUUGGCUGUGAUUAAUGUCCAGAAUAAAGACCAACAUUGCUUUUUAUGGUCGAUAAUGUCAGCACUUUACCCGGUUGAAAAGGAUCCUCAACCAAAGUUGAGUCAAUCGGGUGUAACAAAACGCGAGCAUAAAAUAUUUUUAUGUGAUCGAUGUCUCAACUAUUUUGCUACAGAAGUCAAACUCCAACAGCAUUCAGUAAAUUGUGGUGAAAAAGAAGCGGUGCGGGUACGAAUGCCUGAAACUGAUGACGAGCGGUUCGUUGAGUUCAAAGAUUUCAACAGCAAGGAACGUGUUGAGUAUAUGGUGUACGCUGACUUUGAGGCGUUAUUGGUACCACAACAUCAUGAAGACAUGGAAAUGGAUCAUGGGUCUUAUACAAAAAAUAUUCAAAAACAUGUACCCUACAGUGUAGGUUACUAUGUUCAUUGUACCCAUGAUCCCAACCAAUCGUUUUAUAAGGCAUACCGUGGUGCUGAUUGUGUCAAGUGGUUUGUUCAUGAACUGGAACAAGUAGCGUACUCAUUAGAGCAAAAAAUAAAACACGUUAAACCAAUGUAUCCGCUCACCGUCGAACAAGAACUGGAUUUUAUGUCAGCAGAGAAGUGUCACAUUUGUGGUAAAGAUUUCGUAUCCAAUUCCAUACGUGUUCGCGACCAUUCACAUCGCACAGGUAAUGUAUCUACCGUGGAGCAGCACACCAAUUUUGUAAUCUGCAUUAUCAAGAUUCAAGGGUGA